AGGUAGUCGACAUGGCGAUCGCAGUCACAAGCAACACUCACUCCAUCGGUCGAUUUCACGCCUGAUAUCCAUCCAACUUGCCUGAAUAUUCCAUCACGUUCUGCACCAACUUGCAUGUCACAUCUGGGCACAUCAUGCAGCUUCUCGGCGCACAACCCUCAAUCGCCUGGCGCUUGCUCUUGAGAGCGAAGCCGGUUAUCAUUCAUUCCCAGCCUGUGUCAUGUUUGCGGUUUUCGACGUCACGCCAAGUGCGGAUAUCGAACCAGACCCAUUCCCCGGUCCGUAACCUCGACCAAUUCCACACUUACCAGCUGCUGUCCUCGUCGUCGCGGACUCCGUUGCUGACACUCUGGACUACUUCGUGGUGCUCGACGUGCCGUGUCGUCGCACCGCUGAUACAAGAACUCAUCGAGUCUGGCGUUGGAGAGGCCGAGGGCGGUGUGGGAUAUUGCACCGUCGAAUAUGACGCGCCCGACGUCAUGGCGGCCGGGCUGGGUCUCACUUACAUGGUCAAUUCGGUUCCGACAUUGCUCAGCUUCGAUGCCGGCGAGGCCCAGGUAGAGACCAAGGUGACGGACGGCAGACGGCUGGCGGAUCGGAAGUUCCUCGAAGAGUGGAUCAGGAACGAGGCAAGACGGCAUGGGAACCGGGGAGGCGGAGGACACGCUGGUCCGAACCUCCUCGGCAGGCUGUUCGGCAGGUCAACAUGAUUUGGUAUGAUUCGAUGAUGAAUAAUGAUACCCGCAUGCCAACAACCAGGCUUCCACGCUUCGCACGCUUCGUCCUGAAUACUGCCUUGUGCCUCGUUCGUGACAGGUCUGCUUGACUGAGACUAACUGGGUAGAGUCCUCUUGGUAUCUACCUUCUAGGUUCCCGAAAGCUGAUAUAUCAAGCUAGGCAGGUAGCAUCGACUCAGGGCCAUGUCUCGGGGGAACCGGGUGGCAGUUCUGACCUAGAAUGCUUGCCCUUGGACAGAAAUGUAUCUGGGCUCGGGGUCAAGGUCAUUCAUCCGGUGCCGGUGCCGGUGCCGGUGUCGGUAUGGCACCCGCUUACCGUGUCUUCGACGGAUAAGCCGAGAGAACUAAGUAACCACGAAGUUCA